AUGAGUUUUGCUCCUCCUCCACCACUAGUUUUUGCUGGAGACAACUACCACAUUUGGGUUGUCAAGAUGAAGACAUAUCUUCAAGCGCUUGACCUCUGGAGUGCAGUCGAGAGUGAUGUCGAGCCAACACCAUUGAGAGCAAAUCCUACCAUUCCUCAGAUCAGGCAACAUGGGGAGGAACGAGCCAAGAAACACAAAGCAAUGGCCUGCUUGCAGAAUGGAGUGUCAAAUGUUAUCUUCACUCGCAUUAUGGCCUGUGAUUCUCCUAAGCAGGCAUGGGACAGGCUUAAAGAGGAGUUUAUGGGAUCGGAUAAGACUAGGAAGCAACAGGUUAUUAACCUGAGAAGGGAGUUUGAAAACUUAAAAAUGAAGGAGUCAGAAACUAUUAAGCAAUAUUCUGAUGGAAUUAUGGCAACAGUGAACAACAUAAGACUCUUAGGAGAGGAUUUCAGGGACAGCAGAGUGGUUGAGAAGGUGAUUACAACUCUUCCAGAGAGGUUUGAAUCAAAAAUCUCCUCACUCGAUGAUUCAAGGGACCUUACAACCAUUUUCUUGUCUGAAUUGGUUAAUUCCCUCUAUGCACUUGAGCAAAGGAGAGCUAGCAGACAAGAGGAGAAUCCUGAAGGAGCCUUCCAAGCAAGAACCAGGGAAGGAUUUAGCUCAAAUCAGAGAGCUAAGAAACCUUGGCUUGAAAGAAAGGAUAAGGCAAUGAGAGAAGCAAAUAGAGAUGCAGGCAGAAGGAGGUUUCCACCAUGCAUUCACUGUAAGAAAACCAAUCACCUGGAGAAAUUUUGUUGGACCAGACCAGACAUACAGUGCAAAAGUUGUAAGUUUGGUCAUCAUGAGAAAAUUUGUAGGAGUCAUGACAAGGGACAAGCAUAG